UGAAAGUUAAACUUGUUUCACCGACAACAUUUUGUAAUCGAAGCCCACCACUAGUCACCAACUUCGCCAAGUUUCUCCAACCCACAAAACAAAAAUUCAUCACAAAUCUAAUUUUCUCAGCAAAUCAUCAUACUUUCUUCCUUCGUUACCGAGACCUUCACCGGACACCUCCCAAUGGACCCGAAAAGCCUGCAAAUCGACACAAGGAGUGGUUUCAACUCCAUUACCAAGACCUUUCACAGCCUCAGACCUCCCAUUGAUCUUCCUCUAGAAGACACUCCGCUGUCAGCUGCUGAAUACGCUUUCUCACUACUAGCCACUUCCCCAUGGCCUCAUGACUCCGUGGCUUUAAUCAACUCUGUCACUGCUCAACGUAUUUCAUACUCUGAGUUCACUCGAAGAACAAACUGCCUGGCGGCUUAUUUGCAGAAAGUAACCCAGUUGUCCAUAAACGACACAGCUUUUAUACUCUCUCCAAACUCUAUCCAACUACCAAUCCUUUACUUUUCCCUUCUCUCACUCGGUGUAGUCAUCUCUCCGGCUAACCCACUCAGCACCCAGUCAGAGAUUUCCCGACAAGUUCAGUUAUCGAAGCCGGUGAUUGCAUUCGCCACGGCAUCCACUUUUCACAAGCUCCCUAAACUUAAACACCAGACGAUCCUCAUCGACUCUUCAGAAUUCGAGUCAAUAAUGAUGAGUUCAAAACAUGAAUUCGAUCACGUUAAAGUGAAACAAUCCGAUUUGGCAGCGAUCAUGUACUCUUCCGGAACAACCGGAAAUGUGAAGGGGGUGAUGUUGACUCAGAGAAACUUAAUGGCACAAAUUGCGAAUUCCUAUGCAUCUCGGCAAGAGCGAGAGUCCCCGACAGUUACGUUGUAUACGAUGCCGUAUUUUCACAUGGUCGGGUUCAUUUUCAGUCUGAGAUCGGUGGCGUUGAGUGAGACAGUGGUGGUGAUGGAGAGGUUUGAUUUAAAGAAGAUGUUGAAGGCUGUAGAGGAGUUUAGGGUAACACGCUUGGUUUUUCCCCCACCGGUGAUUGUGGCCUUGUCAAAGGGUGGUUUAACGGACAGCUAUGAUUUGAGCUCAGUCGAGAUUGUAGUGAGUGGUGCUGCUCCACUUGGAAAGGAUAUCAUUGCGGCAUUUACGGCGAGGUUUCCGAAAAUCGUGUUGGGGCAGGGUUACGGAUUGACUGAAACGGCUGGAGCGAUUUUUUUGACAAAAGGUCCAGAAGAAGCAAAGCUAUGGGGCUCAACGGGCAGGCUUUCGGGAAGUUUUGAAGGAAAAAUUGUGGAUCCUGAAACAGGUGAAGCCUUGCCUCCUUGCAAAGAAGGAGAACUUUGGGUUAAAGGACCCUCGGUAAUGAAAGGUUACGUUGGGGAGGAGGAAUCAACUUCUGCUACUUUGUUAUCUGAUGGGUGGUUGAGGACGGGUGAUAUAUGCUACAUUAAUGAGGAUGGUUUCCUUUUUGUUGUGGAUAGACUCAAGGAGCUAAUAAAAUACAGGGGAUAUCAGGUGGCUCCAGCAGAACUAGAACAAUUGCUUAUUUCUCACCCACAGAUAGUUGAUGCUGCAGUAAUAGGAUAUCCAGAUAAAGAAGCUGGUCAAGUACCGAUGGCUUUUGUGGUAAGACAGCCCCAAAGCACCCUUAACGAAGCAGAAAUAAUGGAUUUUGUGGCAAAACAGGUUGCACCUUACAGGAAAAUAAGGCGUGUAGCGUUUAUCAAUUCCAUACCCAAGAGUGCAGCUGGCAAAAUAUUGAGAAAAGAGCUGAGAAAAGUUGCUGUUCCACCAGGGACUUCAUCAAGGCUGUAAUGACAGAUAUCCCAACAAAGAAGUUGGUGAAAUAUCUCAUGACAAUUAUUUCUACUCUAAACAUUCAAAAUUAAUUGUACUUCCAAUAAUUUUAUCCUCCCUCCCUUUUAAAAAUUAUCCAAUGUAAUUAUAGCAUGUAGUAAGAACUGAAUCUGUUCUUGCAUUCUUCAAAAACAUUUUUCUCCAACAACAAUGGUGAACAAAAGCCUGCUACUGUACCAAUA